AUGCAGGCGGGCUUGAAUCUUGUGUUUGUGUUUGUUCUCGGUAUCCUCUAUGGGCAAAGUCUGGGAUUUUGGCCCUUCGACGUGGCAGCUGAACAGGAAAUCCUCUAUCCAGACUACCCCGAUACCAGCGCUAAACGCAUCGCGAUUAUCGGAGCUGGUGCUGCAGGAUCUUCAACAGCAUGGCAUCUGCAGAGAUUUGCAGCUCGCUCGGAAAUCCCAAUAAAUAUCACCGUCUUCGAACGAGCUUCGUAUGUAGGAGGCCGUUCUACAACCGUGAAUGCUUAUGAUGACCCACUCACUCCUGUUGAACUUGGAGCGAGUAUCUUCGUAGAAGUAAACACGAUUCUCAAAAACUCAAGUGAGCUUUUUGGUCUCAAGCCUCGAGAUUCAGAUACGGAGAAUACCGAAAUCUUGGGCAUCUGGAAUGGCGAGAAGUUUGUGUAUACACAGAAAGAGGGUGGAUGGUACUGGCUUGACGUUGCGAAGCUCAUUUGGAAAUACGGCCUUGCACCUAUUCGUACACAACGAUUGAUGAAGAGUACUGUCGGCAAGUUUCAAAAACUCUAUGCGGCCCCAUUCUUCCCCUUCAGGUCAUUGUCCGACAGGGUGUUGGAUCUGGAUCUAGUGUCUGCAACUUCCAUGACCGGAGAACAACUCUUGGCAGCCAGUAAUAUCGGGUCUGCUUUCGCCACAGAUAUUAUCCAAGCCAGUACUCGUGUCAACUAUGGCCAGAACCUUGGUUUUAUCCACGGCUUGGAGACUAUGGUUUGCAUGGCAAUUGAAGGUGCGAUGCAAAUUGAAGGAGGAAACUGGCAAAUAUUCGAUGGUAUGCUGAAGGCUUCAAAUGCCACCAUUCUCCUUAAUACUACUGUCGAUGAAAUCAAGAAGUCCAAAAACGCAUACAGUGUCAAGACUUCUUCCCGAGAUGCCAGCUCUGGUAUCAUACAAAGCAAAGAGGAACCGUUCGAUACUGUGGUGCUCGCCGGCCCUCUUCAGUAUUCAGGUAUUCAUAUCGAGGAAGGCCUUCUCAAACACACCCCGGACGAAAUCCCCUACGUUACGUUGCAUGUAACUCUAUUUACCUCCACUCAUACAUUGAACCGCGUAUUCUUCAAUCUGGCACCCGAUGCCGAAGUUCCUACUACAAUCCUCACGACUCUGCCACCAAACGAGGUUCCAGUUGACCCAGAAGAUGGUGCUGGUUCAAUAGGUUUCUUCAGUAUCAGCACUCUGCGUACGGUGGUCAACCCUAAGACCCUGGAAAAGGAACACCUGUACAAAAUCUUUUCGCCACAAAAGGUCACUUCAGAGUUUCUAUCCGAUAUUCUAGGGGUUCCAAUUCCUACGAAUCUUAGCUCUAUCAAUGUUGAUAGUGGGGAUGCGAUAAGCUGGUAUUAUCCUCACGUUUGGAAUCCUUAUCCCUACGAAUUCCCUCGAGUGACAUUCGAAGAACUGGAAUUGGCUCGUGGCUUUUACUAUACGAGCGGAAUCGAAAGUUUCAUCAGCACGAUGGAGACCAGCGCAUUGAUGGGCAUGAAUGUGGCACAGUUAAUUGUGGAUGACUAUCUGCAGAUAUUGGAAGAUAAAGUUGAUCAUUCAGAGGAGACCCCGUUGCAGGUGGCUCUUUCUGAGAAACAAAAGGACGUGGAAGUUCAGGAGUUGUAA